AGCCAGAUAUAGUAAGCGAGCAAUUUUGACAUUUUGAGUGCAGAACAAUCAAGUUGUAAGAUGUUCAAUUAUGAAGCAUAGCACAGAAGAAGGCGACGAUUUUUUAUUGAAUUUUGUGCUGUCGACUUCAUGCAAGACGAUGUGUCCUUUCUUAGAAAGGACACCUUCCCAGACUCUCUUUUUAAUAUUGAUGUGCAUAUGGUCAGUGCAAAUGAAUAGGUGCAGCUUGCAUUUACACAUACUUACUUAACACCAGUACAGUGCAUUGGGUGAAAUCCCAAUAAGUUGAGGCUUAUUGAGGUUGAAAGUUGCUAUUACAGUUAACAAGUAUAAUGCCUGGCCCUAGAUGAGUGUCCCCUUUCUCUCUCCAACACACGACCACAGUUCUAUCCACAGCUCACUCAUUGCACGCCUGCCAAGUAUUGGCUUGUAACUUGCAUACCUUUCUUUCCAAGGUUUUGGGGAUAUAGUACAUUGUAAGAUCCCAGGAGGUGUACUACAGAAGUGUUUCUUUAACCCCUCCCCUUUAGAUAGAAAGCGUUUCUCUCCGAAGCCACACUCUAGAGUAAGUGAGACUCAUUCCAGCGCAAAAGGUAAGGUCCAUGUUGUUGUUCUUGAAAUGAGGGACUGAGAUACAAACAUUCAGUCAGGCUGAGAAAGAAGUGGAUAGAUCAGUUACAAUCUUGAUCUCCUGCUUUGAUGAAAGCAUUUUUGCGGGUGUGAGGCUGAACACUGGUAAAAUAAAGGAUCGGAAAAGAGAACCAGGACAAAAGGAAGAGGCAUUAACGUCGGACACAAAGAGUAUUGGAAGUUAAAGAACAGACACUGUUCGGUAUGCCACACUUUAAGGCUGUUCUCUUCCAGUUGAUAUUUUAAACAUAUUUUCUUAAACAGAAUGGUGCUCACCAUCUGAUAGCUCACUAUUUUUUGCGAAUAUGUAAUUUAGUUGCCUGUUGUUCUUUCCCUGUAUAUUUGUAUACUAAUGUGCCACGAUUCGGGAUGUUUGUGGGCUAACUACAUCAUCGAAAUGUAAAUGUCAGUCAUGUAUUUUUUUUCGACUAUUAUAGUGUUUGGUCAACCAUAUUCUGGCGUAAAAAGUUUACUUUGUUAUCUAUUUACAUAGACUUUUCACACGAGAGUCACGCUUUAAGUGUGCAUUAUUUUGCAUCAUCCUUUCUAAACAGACUCGCGCUAAGCUUCGAGUUUCAUCCCUGGAUUAAAAAAAGUGUUUUUAUGUUCACUAUUGUUGUUGCAUAGUCGUGCCAUCGUUAAUUAUUAUACUAUUCCGGGUAUGUUACAAACCCAGAGGUUUGAGAAAGCUGAUAGCUAUUUGGUGUUGUGCAAGCUUUUCUGCCAGAAUACUUGUGGAAAUACGUGGCUGAACUGUCCAGGGUCCUGAAUUAGAAGUCCCGACCAAUACGUAGUCGUUCAAACAGUGCAGCUGUUCACCUGUGGCUCCUAACUGUACGUGUCGGGAAAUAUUUCACUGCUGACAUUUGUCGAACUUGCUUCUCCAUGGCUGGAACAUUUAAAGACAGGCACUAAAACAGUAUUUGGACUGCUUGAGGUUCUGGGUUGUAUUAAUUAAGAAAUUACGGAGCACCCAACUGCUUGCGCUGAGGUGCUUACAACGUCCUAGUCAUUCCACUAAAGACUGGGAAUUCUUCACACCUUUUCUGUCUUGGCUUUGUAUUCUGCUCAUUUGGAGUUCAAUAAUCAAGACUGGGAACGCACAACAAUCGUAACUGAAGUCUUCCUUCAGACUGAGGGAAACCCCUAUAAAAUGUCCGAAAGAGGUCAUGUGCACAUUGGAGCUGUUAAACUAAAAUGAAGGCAUAGCUUCAAGUCCCGAACUGCACACAAGCAGAUUCUUUAGAGUGGCAUGUAGGCUAGGUGACACGAAGCCAGACUGUACAAGUGCAGCAUUUUGCAGCUGGAAGGAACGAACUCAUGGAACACCGAUGUCCGUGGAGAUGGCAUGAGUCGACCUCUCCAAACUAAAACACAUUCAUCUUGCACUUGUUUAGAAAAGGCACCAUUAGCUGUUCCAUUUUAUGUUAGUUUAUUUAUUCAUUGCAUCUGUCUGCAAACCUUUUGUACAAUUCCUGGCCAUUUUGUAUUCUUAUGUGAAAGUUUCAUCGUUAACUUUUUGCAUUUCCCGUUUAUUUUUGUAACAAUUAUGUGCUCGCUUUACCUUGCAAAUAGAUACUAAAUCUCACAGAUUAGAGCCCUUGUUACCACCUUUUUAUCCUCCCUCAAAAAGUCAUUAUAACUUUAGGGAGUUUAGUGUCUCAUAGAGCCUGGAUGACGGUCCGCAGAGUUGAAAAAGUAAGCAUCCAGGAGCACAUGGCAAUUGACGUGUGCCCUGGUCCUAUCCGGCCCAUCAAACAGAUUUCGGACUACUUCCCCAGGUUUCAUCACUUCCCACCAGCCCUCAUCAGUCCUAAGCCUGGCCCAACAACUUCCCAUAGGCAAAACGAAGAUCAGGACAGACAUGAAGGGGACAGAUCUGUUGGACAGGGCAAUACGAACGACUGCUGGGAAAUGUGUCCUGUUAAGGAUAAGAGAAGGACCGAAUUUCAUAGAGAGAAAGUCCAUGAAGCAGAUGAGGACAGUUAUGACUCUGAUGAUGCAACCUCCCUUGGUACCUUGGAGUUCAGUUUACUGUUUGACCAGAAAAGCAGCGCCUUACAUUGCAGUAUCUAUAAAGCAAAGGGACUCAAGCCCAUGGACUCCAAUGGACUGGCUGACCCCUAUGUAAAAAUGCACCUUCUCCCUGGAGCAUGCAAGGCAAAUAAGUUGCGCACAAAGACACUGCAUAACACUCUGAACCCAGUCUGGAAUGAGGCCCUAACAUACUAUGGUAUUACAAAUGAGGAUAUGGUGAGGAAGACUCUCAGGUUAUGCGUUUGCGAUGAAGAUAAAUUUGGCCGUAAUGAGUUCAUUGGAGAGAUUCGAAUCCCACUAAAGAAACUGACACCAAACCAGACCAAGAACUUUAACAUUUGCCUGGAAAGAAAAUUGCUGACAAAGCAGCCCAGCACAAUGAAUGCAAUACGUGGAAUGGCACUUUACGAGGAGGAUAAAGAGAUUGGUGAUAGCUCAGUAGAAGAACGUGGACGCAUUUUUGUCUCCCUUUGCUACAGCUCCCAGAAACGUGGUCUGAUUGUAGGCAUUAUCCGUUGUGUCCAUCUUGCUGCCAUGGAUUCCAAUGGUUAUUCUGAUCCCUUUGUCAAGAUUUACCUGCGUCCUGAUAUGGGGAAGAAAUCAAAAUAUAAAACAUCGGUUAAAAAGAAGACACUAAAUCCAGAAUUCAAUGAGGAGUUCUUUUAUGAAAUCCGGCAUGACGAGUUGGCGAAGAAGACACUGGACAUUUCUGUAUGGGAUUAUGACCUAGGAAUGUCUAAUGAUUUUAUUGGCGGAGUACAACUUGGCAUUAAUUCUCAGGGUGAGUGUCUCAAACACUGGUUCGAAUGUCUGAAGAACAAGGACAAGAAAGUUGAGUACUGGCACACUCUGAUCAAGGAGAACCCAGACCUUAGCGAUGACUAGCCAGUCAGGAAUCAGUUGACAGAACAUAAAACUGACCAACAGCAGCCUCUACAACAUCCAGUGAUGGAUCUCCCAUGGACUGUACUUUUAAACAGCACAAGAAACAGCUUUCGGACAGUUAUUUUCCUAUUUUGUAUUAUAUUUCCUUGAAAUCAGUGCUGAUAGACCAAUAAGGUUUAUGUUUGUUCAGAUACUUGUUAGGCGGUAACAGUGCUGAAAGAAUAAUUCUUUGUGUACAAAAUGACUGUAAAAAGAAACAAAAAAAAUAUAGAUUGCAUUUAUUCAUCCAGUCUUCAGAACACAGAAAACAUCUUUGUAAAUGUGUGAAAUGGUGAAAAAAUUCUGCAAUGUAACAUUAUUUAUUUUUCAGGAACCCAGUUGGGAAUGAAGCCAAGGGAAUGCCUACUAAUGUACAAAUUCUGGUUGCAGCUAUGUUUUUUCAGGCAUAUUUAAAAAAAAUAAUUUCUAAGAUGACUAUCUUCUCAAAAAUUCGCAUGCACAAACUUAAAGACAUACUCUCAAACAAACGCACACAUUAAACCUACAGGAGUUGUGCAACAGCAUUGAAUCUUUUUUUUGUUAUUCUUAAGGAUGAGUGAUUAGGCUUAGAGGAAGUACUUGUUCAUAAUCUGAUGAAUUAGUAUAAUUAAAGUGUGCCAAAAUUCAAAGGGCUAAAAUAACUAUACAGAUGUGAGUGUAUGCUCUAAAGAACUACAUAUUACUUAAAAAGUUUAAUGGGGGCUGAGCAGCACUGAAGCGCUCCAGUUUCAUUUUCUGAUAAUGGGACAUGAAGUGUGUAUAACUUGAAGCACAAAUGGCCAAACACAACAGACUAAAAAGUCAUUUGACUGAAUCACAAUUGAAAGAAAACAAUACACGUUAUAGACAGUAUGGGAUGGUGUAAUAUCUGAUCAUAGGAGUUAUCGGGAAAGCAAAUCCAGAAGAAUAUGUGUGGAUCAUGUCAUACUUCUAGAUCUGUAGAUGUUUGUUUUUUGUGCACCAAUGUGUGUUUUUUAUUUGUUUUCUCCAUGGUUGUGUGACCAUGGAGGUUUAUACACA